AUGGUCUACAGCGGCGGGUUCUACCUCGUCAAUCUCAUUGAUGCUGCGCUGUCGGGCUAUCCUCUGCUUUUCAUCUGUCUUGCCGAGGUCCUGGUCAUUUGCUACGUCUAUGGUGAACGCGACAUUGAAUUAAUGACGACUGUUCGACCUAACUGGUACUGGCGCAUCACCUGGCUGGUAAUCACUCCACUCACUGUCGGCGGACUGAUAAUCUUCAAAAUCAUCACAGACACUCCGAUAACCCUGGACGCAUACGUUUACCCGGAAUGGGCUCAAGACCUCGGCGUGCUAAUAGGCGUGUUUCCAAUCAUCUGCAUCCCGGCCUGGUUCCUCUUCAAGUACUGUCGUGAAGGUGGAUGGAUAGUACAACGUGAACUCUUCAAGCCCGCACACACUUGGGGUCCGGCUCUGGAUGAAGACCGCAACGAGUUCUUAAGCCAGUUGCGUGGGCGUGAGCAACGAAAGAAUCAACCAGAUGGAGUCACCGAUGAAAGCAUACUCUCCACAUCACAGCUAAGUGUCUGU